ACGAAAUUAGGGUUUUUGGUUUUGGGCUCACGAGAAAAUUGGAUUAAACCCGAUUCAGCAGGCUACCCUACCAUAUUUAAAGUUAUCACUCUGAGCUUUCGGUACACUAAAAAAUUUCCAAAGCCUUUAUUUUUCUUUCAGCGGGCAAAGAGGAUGAGGCCGAUUUUUGCUGGAAACUUGGAGUACGAUACUCGUCAAUCGGAGCUUGAAAGAUUGUUUUCAAAGUAUGGAAGGAUUGACCGUGUGGACAUGAAAUCUGGUUUUGCUUUUGUCUAUUAUGAGGAUGAGCGUGAUGCAGAAGAAGCAAUUCGUGCACUUGACAAUGUUCCAUUUGGUCAUGAAAAGCGGAGGCUAUCUGUGGAGUGGGCUAGGGGUGAACGAGGUCGUCAUCGUGAUGGAUCAAAGGCAAACCAGAGGCCAACAAAAACCCUGUUUGUGAUUAACUUUGAUCCAAUCCGAACUAGAGUUCGGGAUAUAGAAAAACAUUUUGAACCAUAUGGAAAUGUUCUUCAUGUCCGGAUUCGCCGGAACUUUGCUUUUGUGCAGUUUGAAACGCAAGAAGAUGCCACUAAAGCAUUAGAGUGUACAAAUAUGAGUAAGAUCCUGGACAGGGUGGUGUCUGUGGAGUAUGCUUUGAGGGAUGAUGGUGAGAGGGGUGACAAUUAUGAUAGUCCUAGGAGAGGAGGUUAUGAUAGAUCACCCAGUCCAGUUUAUCACAGGCGACCAAGCCCUGACUAUGGUCGUCCACGCAGUCCUGUCUAUGAUAGGUAUAAUGGUGGACCUGACAGGCGGAGGAGUCCUGAUUAUGGCAGACACAGAAGUCCUGAUUAUGGAAGGCGCAGGAGUCCUGAUUAUGGCAGGCGCAGGAGUCCUGAUUAUGGAAAGCCAAGGAGUCCUGACUAUGUGAAGCCAAGGAGUCCUGAUUUUGUGAAGCCGAGGAGUCCUGAUUUUGGGAAGCCGAGGAGUCCUGAAUAUGGUAGAUAUCGCAGCCGUUCUCCAGUGCGCAGGUCUAGAACGUAAGGGAUAUCCGGUUUUAGAGUAAGAAGAAAGGCUACAAUGGCACUGUCACUUUCUAGUUGUUAGAAUAGCAAGUGGUACAUUAUGUAGUAAAAGGGUAUUUCUGAGUUUAAUGUGGUUUGCUUCUUUAUCUAGCAAUUAGUGCCAAAUGUUCCAUAGGGACGUACUAUGAGACCCUGUUUAGUGUGGGAUUAUUGAUGCAUAAUUUUUCAAUGACAUCUUGCUUUGCUACAGCCCAAAUUCUCUUUCGUAGCCUAGUAUUGACACUAUUGUGAAUGAGUGUGCUCUUGCAGUUAAUUUGUAAUCAACUGUGCUCUAAAAGAAAUGUUAUUUGCUAA